AUAAGUGGUGCGCUUCUUGAGUUGUCCGUUACACUAGCAGUUGUGACUAAAUAUAAUUAGACUUAGUUUGCUUUCACUGUAUCAUAGAAGCACCUUUCUCGUCAGUGCGUACAGAUCCCCCACACAUACACUGGAUAGCGUGACUAUUAAAGAACUCGAUGUCUUUGGUCUACUAAAUAAGCUUGACAUAGGUAAAUCCACGGGGAUCGAUGAAUUGCAUCCUAGGCUACUGAAGGAAUUAUCUAACUUCGUUGCGAACUUUUUAAGUAUAUGCUUCGACCUGUCCGUAACGCAGGGUCGUUUACCAAAAGUCCUGUCUUCGAAAUAGGUACGAAACACAAAUAUGAGAACUACCGCCCCGUUAGCCUAACUAGUGUGGUUGUUAAAAUUUUAGAAAAGAUUAUUUGGAAGGAGCUGUUUAAUUACCUCGAUGAAAACCGGAUCCUUUCGGAGAAGCAGCACGGUUUCAGAAUAGGUUACUCCUGUCUCACUAACUUAUUAGUGGCUCGUGAAAGUUGGUGCACUCCUAAGGACCAAAAGUUACCUGUAGACGUAGCCUUCAUCUAUUCCAGCAAAGCUUUUGACAAAGUUCCGCACAACCGGCUGUUAUGUAAGUUAAGAAAUGUCGGGAUUGGAGGCAAUCUAUUGAUGUGAAUAAAAGACUUCAUAGUUGGGCGUCAACAAAGAGUACGGGUGAACUCAAAGUUAUCUAUCUGGGGAACUGUGCUUAGUGGAGUGCCCCAGGGUACAGUUUUGGGGCCAGUGCUAUUCCUCUCGUAUGUAAAUGACCUUCCUCCUCUCCUAUCAUCAUCGGUCUUGCUAUAUGCUAACGAUGUCAAGAUAUAGAGAACGAUACGAAGUAAGGGUGAUAGCUUCGAACAUUGAGCUUCUGGAAAAGGUUCAGAGAAAAGCAACUAAACUGAAUAACGAAGCUUCCGUACGAUGCUCGACUGGCCAAGCUAAACAUUUUCCCGUUGUCAUAUCGUAGAACUAGAGGCGACUUGAUUACAGUUUUCAAAUUGCUUUUUGAUAAAUUUGCACCUAAUAUGCCCUUAUUUUUCUUGUCUGCCAAAACAGAGAAUUUACGAAGACACUCCAAAAAAGUUCACAAGCCCAGAACAAAUUACUUGUCAGCUGACUAUCGACUUUCCCAUCGAAUCAUCAACGAGUGGAAUUCAUUGCCUCAGCACGUGGUUGAGACUCCAUCCCUCGACUCUUUCAAAAGAAAGUUGGAUCAACUGAAAGACCAGCAUUGUCAGGACUAACACAGGCCAUUAAGCCUCCUGUCCUUCCCAAACUGAAACUGAAUAAAAAUCUUGUCGUCCUCGUAAUAUUCGGUGCAUAGUUUUCUCUAUACACGCGUAUAGAGAGUUCUAGGGAAAUAUUGGGUAAAAUCGAAACAUUUUAGGGUUUUUGUGUCAUUUCCCCAAGAUUUUCUAUAGCGGCCUCCUCAAAACGGAUAAACCAGAGCUCCCAAUUUUGGGGAAAAUUUGUCCCAUUUUGGGGAGGCUUUGGUGAAAUGGCACAAAAAACCCGAAAUUCCCCCAAAGUUGGGAGCUUGGGGGGUAAGAUGUGAGUUCGGGAUAUUAGAAUUCAGAAAUACACUGACGGUUAGAACUUUUUAGAAUUAGACACGGAACUCAAAAGAAGUAUUGUGUUAAUGUACGUAUGUAUGUUAAUUUACGGGUCUACUAAAAUAUGCCAAUUUAUCAAGUCAUAUACGGAACUUAGGUUUUAGCAAGUGUUCAAAAUCACGCUAAACAGCGAAAAUUUAAUUAUAUUAAGGGCUCUGAAUCCGUUGUGUAAUCAAGUCCGUAGUUAUAAACGGGUAUUUCCCAUUUUCGUGAGCUAGCAAGUCUAGUUUUCAAGACUGACCAGUUGCUCUGCUCAGCACUGAUCGAGAAUGUAUACAUACCAUAACUACGCGUGUGGAUCUGUUGCUUGGAGACGAUUCGAAAUCGUUUGCAAUGGUGCAGGUUCAUCCAUUAUUUCUCUUCCUUCAAAUUCUAAGCUUCUGAAGUCCUUAUAAUUUUUUGUUCCACUAAUUUGAAAUUUUUUUCUUGGAUUGUAUUCUGGUUGCCUAACCCUUUCCUUCAUCACUAAUAAUGCCCUAGUACGGCCGAGAGUAAGGAAAGUCCUCUCUCCCUCUCGAAAUGCUUUCACAUGGCCACGCGUAUACAGCCUCUGCCAGGGACAUCCUUCUCACUGCCUUCUCGUGGCAUUACUGUUGUUUACGAAAAAAAGAAGACGAAAAGCGGAUGUCCGGCGCUUUAGCCGGAUUCCAGACCAAUGGUGCACAUGGACCUCAGUAUCCUGAAGGAACAAACGGCGUAUGAACCAAUUGUUGGUCACCGACUACCAUGGGACUGCAUCUCCUUACGAUGCUCUACUGCCUUGUGGAUCAGACCUUUAGGUCGAAGGCUCGAGGUGUGGCCCUCUAAGAAAACCACCUGCUUCGGUUUGGGCACCCGGGCAGUAUCACAGCCCUCACACAAAUCAAAUGAGAUUUGUUUGGCGCGUAUGUAUUUGGUGCCUCCUUGUACCAAUAUCUAUGUGUUAAAAUAAAUAAAUAAUGAUAAUACUACCUAUACUACUCUAGGAUUUGUCCUAACGGUUUCAUCUCUAUGUACUAAUGGGAUGGUGUAACCUAAACUGUGUACAUGGGUGCUAGAUUGCACGUUACGAGGUACCAUGCAGACUGUAUUCAUGGUUGCUGAGAAACCAUCACUAGCUGAAUCAAUAGCGAAAUCCUUAUCUAAUAAGCGUAAUUCAAGUCGACGUGGAUUCAAUGGAGCAUGUUCUAUUCAUGAAUGGACUGGUCAAUUUAUGAGUGAACAAGUUCGCUUUAAAAUGACGUCAGUGUGUGGUCACGUAAUGAAUGUCGAUUUCUUAAGUCGUUAUAAUAGUUGGGAUAAAGUAGAUCCUGCUGAGCUGUUUGUUGCCCCGAUUGAGAAAAAGGAAGCUAACCCCAAAUUGAAAAUGGUGGAUUUUCUUCGCCACGAGGCGAAAAAUGCUGGUAUAUUAAUUCUUUGGCUGGAUUGUGACAAAGAGGGUGAAAAUAUCUGUUUUGAAGUUAUCAAUUGUGUUCAUUCAGUUAUGGUACACCCCAAAAGAAUUCUACGUGCACAUUUCAGUGCUGUUACUGACCAAGAACUACAUGGUGCUAUGAAAAAUCUUAGAGAACCUAAUAAACACGAAGCAUUGUCAGUAGAUGCUAGACAAGAACUUGAUCUUCGAAUCGGUUGUGCGUUCACUAGGUUCCAAACGAAAUUUUUUCAGGGGAAGUAUGGUGAUCUAAACAGCAAUCUUGUGUCGUUUGGACCUUGUCAAACACCUACACUUGGAUUUUGCGUAAAACGACACGAUCAAAUCCAAUCAUUUAAACCAGAAACAUUUUGGCGGAUAAAGGUCUCGGGUGUAGAUGAUACCGGGGGUGUAUUAGAAAUGUCAUGGAAUCGUGAUCGUAUCUUUGAUAAAGAAGCUGCUUCAGUAUUUUUAGGUCGAGUCAAGUCUUCCAAAACAGCAGAAGUCGUCCAGGUAUCUGUCAAACAGAAAAUUAAACCACGUCCACAAGGUUUAAAUACAGUAGAAAUGUUACGAGUUGCCAGUGCUGGUUUAGGUAUUGGACCACAUAGUGCAAUGGCUAUUGCGGAACGAUUGUAUACGUCUGGUUACAUAAACUAUCCACGUACUGAGACAACAGCUUAUCCAAACACAUUUGAUUUACGUGGAUUACUACAGCAGCAGGUGAAUAAUCCAGUUUGGGGAGAUCUAGCUCGUGAAAUUCUAAAAAGUGGGUUAACUCCACCUCGUGCUGGUCAUGAUGCAGGUGACCAUCCUCCUAUUGCUCCUAUGCGUUUUGCGUCUUCCCAAGAACUGGGACAUGAAGCCUAUCGAUUGUAUGAAUACAUUACACAACAUUUUAUCGCUACUAUUAUGCCCGAUUGUUGUUAUGAACAAACACAAGUGACCGUAUCCGUUGGUGACGGUGAAUUGUUUACAAUAAGUGGAUUAAAAGUAGUUGACCCUGGUUUUACACGAAUAUUAACUUGGCAAGCAAUAGAAGAUAAAUCGUUGCCUAUAACACUUCUUAAUCAAGGCUAUCAAUUCAAUUUAUUUGAAGAACCAAGUUUAGUUGAAGGACAAACUGGUCCACCAGACUAUUUAACUGAGGCUGAAUUAAUUACCGCUAUGGAACGUCAUGGGAUUGGAACUGAUGCAUCAAUCCCAACCCAUAUAGAAAAUAUCGUUCAAAGAGGUUACGUUCAACUUCUUUCGGGGCGAAAACUACAACCUACACCAUUGGGGAUUGUACUUGUUCAUGGUUAUCAAACGAUCGAUGCCGAACUUGUCCUACCACAUAUGCGUAGAGCUGUUGAAGAACAAUUAAAUCAUAUUGCUCGUGGUCAUGCUAAAUAUGAUUUAGUAUUACAAUUUGUUUUAGCUAUUUUUGCCGCAAAAUAUCGUUAUUUUGUUGAACAUAUCAAUGGUAUGGAUCAAUUGUUUGAAGUUUCAUUCACUACUCUAGCUAGUUCAGGUAAACCUUUAUCCAGAUGUGGAAAAUGUCAUCGAUACUUAAAGUUUAUAGAUUCUCGACCACAACGACUUCAUUGUUCAAUUUGUAAUGAAACAUAUACAUUACCACAGAAUGGUACAAUUCGACCCUAUAAAACCGAAAAGUGUCCUUUAGAUAAAUUUGAACUACUAUGCUAUACUCAAGGUGGUAAAGGAAGAAAUAUGGUUUUUUGUCCAUAUUGUUUUUCUCAUCCACCAUUUGAAUCAAUGCCAAAAUUAUCCGGUUGUAAUAGAUGCCCCCAUCCAACAUGUCCACAAUCCAUGGAAUCAUUAGGAGUUGAUGCAUGUCCUGAUUGUCCAUAUGGUAUACUAGUUUUAGAUGAUUCUAAUGCACCAAAAUAUCGUUUAAAUUGUAAUAGAUGUCCAACAUUCCUGUCUAUUUCUGACGCUGUAAAAAGUAUGUCUGUCAAAAAUGUUAGUUGUUCAGUAUGUACAGCUAUGCAUCUUAACUUGAGAUUUGAUCCGGGUAAAGUCCCUAAUUCAAGCGAAGAUAAUUCUGAAAAAAUUAGCACUACAUUCUCUGGAUGUGCAUUCUGUACAGAAUCAUUAUGUUCAUUAUUCACUAUUGUAAGAAAAAAGGAAACACCGAAUAAUCCUACUGUCAAUUUACGUGGUUCACGCCAUCAUUCUGGAACCCAUCAACGAGGUGGUCGACGAGGGCGGAGUUUUCGAUAAAAUUUACAGACUAUGAACUAUACUGAUGUCUGCUAACUGAUACUUAUGAACGUAAUUCGUGUACAUUGAUAGUUGUGAUCAUAUUACACUGUACAUAGUUAUCGUCUUUGUUAAUAUAAAUAUAUACAUAUAC